CUCUCCGCCCUCGGCGUGACAACAGCGUCUCCUCUUCGCCGAGACGAUAGAGCGCUCAUCUGGCAGGUCACCAACUUUGCCACCGGCUGCUCUCCAGAGGCGUGUAUCUAUACGUUCAAUAUCUUCGGCGCGGGGACCACGAACACCCCGGGCUUCAGCACCUCGUGCAACGGAACCGAUUUGCAAACCGACUAUACACCCUGCGACAACGGCAGCCUCCAGGCCAUUCUCACGCCUGAGACGUACCCGCUCUGGAACAUCAAGGUUCUGCACGCCUGGACCAAGGGAGAGGCCGAGUACUACGACCUGGGCCAGGUCAACAUCACGGAGACGGUCACCAAUUUCACCAUCCCAGUGACGGAGGAGUACGGCGUUGCUUAG